UUGCGAUCUGGCAGUCUUGAUUCUCUCUGGAGCGUCCACGAGCUCUCAUCCACGGCGUCGGGCAUGCCGGAGGAGCCGAAGAAUUCCGCGUUGAAGGUCACCGUGCCGAGGGUGGAGGUGCGGAGCACGCGAAGCACGGUUUUGGAGUGGGCACGCUUGCAGGAUGGCUCGGGUUCCGGUGGUGACCCGCCGGACCUUCACCUCCUUGCUCUCUCUUUCUCUCUCCUCGAAGUCCAGCGGUGUGGCCACGUGGAAAACGUCGUCGCAGCCGUCGGUGUCGAUACCACUGGAUCUGCCGAUGACAUCGCCGCUGCCCAGGAAAUGAGAAGUAUCCGGAAGAACUCGGAUGACGUGAAGUUGUAA